CGUGACGACACCGGUAUCCGGAAGCCCUGUAGAUGCGAUCAUGAGGUUUAAUCGAAAUACGUCUGUUGUUCGGGAUGGAAUGCUGCUGGCGGGACGAAUUCUCAUUGGUCAUGUCCGCCCGGAGAAUCUUUAAUGCCCAGCAUGGCGAUGCUCGACACAGACCGUUUGAGACUGGAGGGAACGGAGAAGAUUAUCGAUCUGCUGACCUGGUUUUGACGAUGAAUUCCUUGGAGGGCAUAUUGUAUUCAAUUUUUGCAUGCCUGUUGAUUUUGUUCGGGUCUCAUGAAAUGACCAAAAGCCGGUUGUGCCUGAUACUCUGGAGUAGUUGGUAUUGAUUAUUGUAGGUAUAUGUAUAUAUAUGUUAACGG